GACACACUUGAAAAUGUAUCCAAGAGAUGUACAAUUGCGUAUCUUUAUAUGCUAAUAAAUGCCAGCACAUUUGCCUAAAAUGGGUCAAAAGUGUCCCCCAUCCGAUGGCGAAGACCGUGAUGUUGUAAUGCCCCCAGAAACUCAUUUGUCGAAGGGGACGUCGACGGCUCCCCCUCCAUGGAGAGGCGACCAGACCAAGUGAUCGAUUGACACGAUCAAAGCGCUGAUACGUAAUGGAAUAGACACUCGAAUGAAUGGCACUGGCGACGGGCUCCAAGCCCGGAGCUCCAAGUGCCCUGAUCCGCCUCACAGAUACCAGCACUCAGUGCUCACUGCUCAGUACUCACUUCUCAGUGUCGAUCCUACAUAAAUAUAGUACCAUACAUAAAUAUUCAUGCUGCCUCCGGCCACAUGCAAAUGUAUUGGAAAUUGCUCGCCUUCUUCAAUGAAUUUCGAGUUCUGCUCAAGCUCUAGAGUUCCCGAGCGUUAUUCGCAAUCCAGCUGUUGUCGCGAUCGGAAGCAAAUCGGAAAACCUCCCUUGGAAUCCUUAGACACACAGGCGAAUUUGCUGGUUGUGUUGCGACGACGUCGACGCAUUUCAAUUGGAUUCAGAGCUUAAUUUAUUGAAAUGCUGCCCUUUCGCUUGGGCCUGCUGCUUGGCGCCUUGCUUUUCGUAGUGAGCGCAAAUGGAGCCGCCAUCGAAAACACGCUGGCAACUGAAGACGAGAUUGCUGCUGUGAAUGACUUGCAGAGAGAGAAGAGAAGCGGCAGAGGCUAUUCAAGGGGACAAACCCAGUCUCAGUACUUAAACUUCGGUAAACCCGAACAGGAUGGCAAGGCCGAGGCGGAGGCCACCGAAAAUGGAUCUCGCUCAACUGUCUCUGGCACCCAUGGAAUGGGCCAGGCCCAGAGUCAGUUUUCAUCCGGCGACUGCAAUGGAUGUUCUGGCUACCAAACGGAUUAUCCUUCCUCCUCUGGCAGAAUACUGGACGCCAGUAGAUCAGAUGGAUCUGGCAGACCCGAAUCUAUUAUAAGCUUACCGGGAAUCCAAACGGGACCAGGAUUCGGCGGACAGCCAGGAGUCGGAGGACAGACUGGAAUCGGUGGUCAGCCAGGAAUCGGAGGACAGACAGGCAUCGGAGGACAACCAGGAAUCGGAGGACAGCAAGGAUUCGGGGGACGACCAGGAACUGGUGGACAGCCAGGAAUCGGAGGACAACCAGGAUUUGGCGGUCAGACCGGAAUCGGAGGUCAACCAGGAAUCGGUGGACAGCCAGGAAUUGGUGGACAGCCAGGAAUCGGUAGACAGCCAGGAAUUGGAGGACAGACUGGUAUCGGAGGACAGCCAGGAAUUGGUGGACAGCCAGGAAUUGGUGGACAGCCAGGAAUCGGAGGUCAGCAAGGAAUCGGAGGGCAGCAAGGAAUCGGCGGUUCACUGCCCGGAACUGCAGGAUCACAGCCCGGAAUUAGUGGAUCCCAGCCAGGAUACGGACCUGGAACUCAGCCAGGGGCUGGAGGAAGUCAGCCAGGAAUUGGUGGAGCUCAGCCUGGAUAUGGAUCUCAGCCAGGAAUCGGAGGCUCAGCAGGUGGACAACCUGGUUACGGAAGCCAACCCGGAGUUGGUGGACAGACAGGAAUCGGAGGUGGACAACCCGGAAUUGGAGGCCAGCCUGGAGUGGGGCAGCCAGGAAGCCAAGCCGGAAUUGGUGGAUCUCAACCUGGAUAUGGUUCGCAACCGGGAGUUGGAGGUCAAACUGGAGUUGGUCAACCCGGAAUUGGAACCCAACCUGGAGUUGGAGGAAGCCAAACAGGAAUUGGUGGAUCUCAGCCCGGAAUCGGUGGUGCUCAGCCAGGCUAUGGAACACAGCCAGGUUACGGAACUCAGCCCGGAGUUGGAGGACAGACGGGAAUAAGUGGUGGACAACCUGGAUACGGCUCACGUCCAGGAGCUGACGGAGGAUCUGGAGUUGGCGGUCAGCCCGGAUACGGAACUCAACCUGGAGUGGGAGGCACGCAGCCAGGUGUCGGAGGUGGUCAACCUGGAUACGGAGCUCAGCCAGGCACUGGAGGGCAAGCUGGAGUUGGCGGCGGCCAGCCGGGAUAUGGAACCCAACCUGGAGUUGGGGGACAGACGGGAAUUGGAGGACAACAGCCCGGAUAUGGACAACCCGGCUAUGGAAGUCAGCCAGGAGUUGGCGGACAGACAGGAAUCGGAGGCGGACAACCCGGUUAUGGAACACAGCCCGGAGUUGGAGGAGCUCAACCAGGAAUUGGCGGAGGUCAACCGGGAAUUGGUGGAUCUCAGCCAGGAUACGGAGGACAACCUGGUGUUGCAAGGCAACCCGGAUACGGAACUCAGACUGGAGGUGGAGGUACACAGCCAGGAAUAAGUGGAGGUCAGCCCGGCAUUGGUGGAGGUCAGCCAGGAUAUGGUUCACAGACUGGAGUCGGAGGACAACAGCCUGGAUACGGAACUCAGCCGGGAGUUGGAGGACAAACUGGAACUGGUCAACCCGGGUAUGGUACUCAACCCGGAUACGGAUCUCAAACAGGAAUUGGCGGUCAACCUGGAGUAAGUGGUGGACAGUCCGGAUAUGGAACCCAACCUGGAGGUGGAUAUGGUGCUCAACCUGGAUAUGGAGCACAGCCCGGAGUCGGAGGACAAGCUGGAGUUGGGCAACCCGGAUACGGCACUCAACCUGGAGUUGGUGUAGGCCAAGCCGGAGUAGGGGGAUCUCAACCUGGAUAUGGUGGUCAAACUGGAGUCGGAGGACAACAACCCGGAUACGGAGCGCAACCCGGAGUUGGUGGACCAACUGGAGCUGGUCAGCCCGGGUAUGGAGGUCCCGGAUAUGGCACACAGACAGGAGUUGGGCCCGGAUCCGGAUUACAGCAGGGAGUUGGUGGUCAAGGUGGAUAUGGACAACCUACUUAUGGAGGCCAACCCUCCGCUCCCGGAUAUUUAACUCAGCCAGGAGCUGGUGGCCAGCAGACUGGAGUGAGCGGCGGACAACCCGGAUACGGUGCGCAACCUGGAACUGCGGGAUCUCCCGGAUAUGGAACGCAGCCUGGUUAUGGCACUCAGCCUGGUUAUGGAGCUCAGCCUGGAGUUGGAGGAAGUCAACCGGGAGCUGGUGUCUCCCAACCUGGAUAUGGAACUCAGACUGGAAUCGGAGGACAGCCCGGAGUGGGUCAAACUGGAAUCGGAGGACAGCCCGGAGUGGGUCAAACUGGAUACGGAGUACAACCCGGAGUUGGCGGACAGACGGGAACUGGGGUAGCGCCUGGAUAUGGAACUCAACCGGGAGUUGGAGGAAGCCAAACAGGAAUCGGAGGAUCCCAACCAGGUUACGGAACUUCACCUGGAUAUGGAUCUCAGCCGGGUGUUGGAGGACAACAGCAAGGAUAUGGAACUCAACCUGGAGUUGGCGGACAGACUGGAGUCUAUGGAACUCAGCCGGGAGUUGGUGGAAGCCAAACCGGAAUCGGUGGAGCUCAGCCGGGAUACGGAACUCAGCCAGGAUACGGAGCACAGCCAGGAGUCGGAGGACAAGUUGGAAUCGGUCAGCCCGGAUACGGCACUCAACCCGGAGUUGGUGUAGGCCAAGCCGGAAUCGGUGGAUCUCUGCCUGGAUAUGGUACUCAACCCGGAGUCGGAGGGCAAGCUGGAGUUGGACAGCCCGGAUACGGAACCCAGCCCGGAGUUGGUGGCACACAGACUGGAAUUGGAGCAGGUCAAACUGGUAUUGGUGGAGCCCAACCUGGGUACGGUACUCAACCUGGAUUCGGAGGACAGCCAGGAGUUGGUGGACAAGCUGGAGUCGGUCAACCCGGUUACGGCACUCAGCCUGGAGUUGGUGUGGGCCAAGCAGGCAUUGGUGGAUCUCAGCCCGGUUAUGGUACCCAGCCUGGAGUUGGUGGUCAACCUGGAUACGGAACUCAACAAGGUGUUGGAGGACAACCUGGAUAUGGAGCUCAGCCAGGCACUGGAGGGCAAGCUGGAGUUGGUGGCGGCCAGCCGGGAUAUGGAGUCCAACCUGGAGUUGGGGGACAGACGGGAAUCGGAGGCGGACAACCCGGUUAUGGGACCCAGCCUGGAGUUGGAGGAGUCCAACCGGGAACUGGAGCAGGUCAGCCUGGAUACGGAACUCAAACUGGCUAUGGCACUCAGCCAGGAGCUGGUGGCCAACAGCCUGGAUACGGACAACCCGGUUACGGGACUCAGACGGGAUUUGGUGGACAGACGGGGGUUGGUGGACAAACGGGAGUUGGUGGACAAGCUGGAGUCGGUCAACCUGGAUAUGGAGGACAGUCUGGAGUUGGUGGACAGGCGGAAACCGGCUACGGAACCCAGCCAGGAGUCGGGGGACAACCAGGAGUGGGCGGCGGACAACCCGGCUACGGAGUGCAACCCGGAGUAGGCGGAACAGGUGUGGGAACUGGAGUGGGUCAGCCAGGAUAUGGAGUCCAGACAGGACAGCCAGGUGCCGGUGGACAAAUCGGAGCACCUGGACGCUACACAGCUGGUACUGGAGUAGUUCCUGGAGCUGGAGGAGUUGGAGGCUCUAGCGGAGUUGGUGUUCCAGCUGCUAGCGGUACUGGUGGAGCAGACGACGCCUUCUCCCAGGCGGAGUCUUCCAUUGGCGACGGACAGGCCUCGGCCAGUGCCCAGGGCCAGAAGAACGGAGGCACGGCCAAGACGCAGGUGUCGGGAACGUACAGCUCCGGCGGAACCUUCAGCGCCAGCGCCAUGACUUCGGAUGCGGAUCGCGCGGCCAGCGCCCAGGUGACCGGAAACGCCGACGGAGCCGUGAGCCAGUCGCAGGGAUCUGGAGGACAGGCCCAGUCGCAGGCCCAGGUGCAGGUGGCCAAGGAUGGCGGCACCAAGGCCUCCUCGCAGAGCGGCGGCAUCAUCCAGCAGAGCCAGAGCGAGGUGCACGCCAAUGACAAGGGUGGACUGGCGGAUGCUCAGUCCAGUGGACCUGGACAGACCUCCUCGCAGGCGCAGAUCGGUUUCCGUCCCGGUCAGGAUGCCGGUCCAACGGCUGCCGACGGCGGUGGUCAGGCCUCCUCCUCAUCGGGCACCCACUCUAGUCAGAGUAGUUCGCAGAUCCACGGAACAUCUAGCUUUGGUGUUUCGUAUCAUGGUGCUGCACAAUCCGCAUCCGGAACCAAGGAGCAGGUGGCCUCCUACAGGGAGCAGAACCGAGAGCUCUUCAACACCAUCAGUCAGUUCGGCAACAACGGCAAUGCGGUUACUGAUCGUGCUGAUGCUGUCUACAGUGGACCGGCUCUCACUGAUGACUCCAACGUGUUGCCCGAAUCGCUUCUGAAGUCAACCAAAUCGAAGGAGGAACCCAGGCAGCCCGAGGGAAAGCUCGAACAGCCGGAGCCCGCUCACUACGAGGAUGGCGACGAGGAGGACCAGGACGACUACGAUGAGGACGAGUACUACAACGAGAAGCCGGUGAAGCUGGAGGAGAGUCCCGAGCCGGCGAGCAUUGUCAAGGAACCGGAGCCAUCUCCGGCAACCAAGGCCUUCGAGCAAUCCUCUCCUUCUCAAAGCCAAAAGGCCGUUGUGGUUCCGGUGGCCGGAGACCAAUACCAACUGGUGCAGAAGCAGAACGGCAAGGUGAGCGUCCAUACCGAACCCUCGACCACCGAGGCUGUGCCACCGGGAUUCCGAGGCACCGUCAAUGUGGAGAAGAAGUACCACACCAAGGCCUUGGAGCUUCCCACUCCCAAGAGGGUGGAGAUCGCCGCCCCCGAAGAGGAGGGUCCGGUUCGUGGGGAUAAGCCGGUUCCCCGGGCUCCGGAUAGCUAUGUGACCGUCACCAAGUCGGUGACCGGCAGCAUGGACAACAGCAAGAACCCGCCGCAGGAGAACAAGAACUUCCAGUCGACCUACUACACCAAGUCCUCCACCUGCGGCUACUUCACCUUCUCCUGCAACAUUGUCUACGGCGCCAAUGGCAGGAGCAAGAUCUGCCGGCCCAAGGCCACGACCAAUGGCAAAUGCUAGGGGAUCCCUGGACCCAAGGAUCCCAACUUUAACCCACCCAUAUUAUAGUAGAUCAGUUUUAAAGGGGCUCAAUUGUAGGACAGCUUAACCGAGUGCCAUCUACAAACACCUAUUUGUAUUUCGAUGCAGCUUGAUCUUAAGCAUUUAAGUGUUUUUCGCAAAUAAUUUUAGAGUUUUACUGCCACUUCUUAAAUACUUCGUACGAUUUGCCAAUGUAAUUAAUAUUUAAUAACAAACCACAAAAAACAA